AUGGCCACGACAACGCGCGCGACGACCCCAUCCCACCCUGACCCUCUCAACUCGCUCGAAACCGCCCCGCGAACGCCCAAUUCCUUGUCGCCGGGCUCUCUGCCUCUCAACACCACCGGCGUCGACAACAUCAAUCUCCUCCGUCCCCGAUCUGUGCAAAAGGCUGGUAGUGCAAGUGUUGAAGCCUCUCCCAAGGCAGCAGAGGCGCGUUUGUCGCCGGGGAGGGCGGCAGCUUUGACUGGUGCUGCCGCCAUGGCGGAGAUGAAGCGUAGGAAACAACAGCAGCAAAACGCAGAACCAACGUCGCGACAAACAAGUCCCAAUCCUGCUGUAGCCGCGGUGCAGUCUCUCAUGGGCGGAGGCGGGAUCAGUCGACCGGGCGAUGCGCCGGCGCCGGAUAAGCUGAGCGAGCCCUUGCGCAAGGCCGCCGAAAAGAUUUCUGUCCCCGACGACAGCGCGCAGGUGGAGGGUGACGCGCAGGUCAGUCCAGUCAGUCUGGGCAGCUUUGGCACGCUCGAAAGCACGGGUGCGGGAGGUGCGAUGACAGCCACAGCCAACGACCAGAACUCUACCCCAGGCCAACAAUUUGUGGCUGAGCCCGCCCAAAUGACCGAAGGCGAGGGCUAUCCAGAGAACAACGGCAACUUGACCGUGCCCGAGUCGGAAAACAAGAACAUCUCCUUCUCCUACCCAGGUCCACCGCCGCAGCAAGACCAAGGCCAGGAAGGUGGCGGACCAUCCCGUGGUAUGAGCCUUCCGGGCUUCGGCCAAGGCAGCCCCAAGUCACCCGCUUCCAACAAACGACACAAAUGUCCGUAUUGUUCCACCGACUUCACGCGACAUCACAACCUCAAAAGUCACCUUCUCACGCACAGUCAAGAGAAGCCGUACGUGUGUCAGACGUGCCAAGCACGGUUCCGCCGUUUGCACGACCUCAAACGCCACACCAAGCUUCACACUGGUGAACGGCCGCAUACAUGUGACAAGUGCGGUCGGCGCUUCGCACGUGGUGACGCCCUGGCACGACAUAACAAAGGCCCUGGCGGUUGCGCUGGACGUCGGUCGAGUUUCGGUGGCGACGACGACUUUGGGCCAGACGGCGCUGAAGGCAUGGACGGGGUCGAGUACGAUGAUGACGAUGGCACCGACGAGCACGGACGACGCACAAGCGAGCCUCAUCGGAAGCGCCAACAACUCGAAACACCGCAGGACCCCAACCGGCAAGUCUAUCGACAGCACUCGAGUACCUACCCACCGGCACCGACGCGCGCCAUGCAAGGCAGCAUGGGACCACCGCAGGUCGUACACCCCGGAUCGAGCACCGCCACAUCGCCGCGUGAGAUGUCUGGGCAGCCGAGUCCUGCGGGUGGAUCGUCAAUGGGCGGCUCUGCGUACUACGGGUCAGGGCAAGUGUUUGCUGAGCCUGGCAUGAUGACUUCAUCUCCCAAGCCGCUGUCACCUGGUCAGCCUCACGAUCAGCACCGGUUGAGUGUUGGAGAUGGGAGUGCUGGUGGACGUAACAGGUCCACCAGUCUGACGACCCAGUUCCAGCAGCAGCACUUUGGACGUCAAAGCGGUGGAGGUAGGACGCCACCGCAGGGUAACGCCCAAUUUGCACCCAACCAAGGUGGGCCUCACAACAUCUUGCCACCACUGGCGGCAACCCAGCGACAGCCGACAUCGCUGCCGGGAGCACCACCGCCUAACAUGCACGCUCACCAGCACAUGGCUCAAGGCUCCAAUCCAGGCAGUCUGUCGAGCCACGGUCGGUCGUCAGGAAGUAGCAUGCGGGAUAUGGCGCAGGAGAACGACAUCUGGGGCUACGUGCGUGCACUGGAAUCGCGUUUCAGCCGGAUGCAAGACGAGUACGAACUGCGCAUCAGUCGACUACAGGAAGAGGUCAUCUCUCUCAAAGGACAGAUUGGGACCAUGUCGAAUGCAGCGAGCUACACCAGCGACGGAAUGGUUCGACAGGGGCCGUAUGCGUGA